AUGAAACACAAAAACAACCCAGCGCCUGCAGCAGCAGCAGCAGCAGCAGCAGCAAAGGUGGCAGCAGCAGCAGCACCAGCACGUGUGGUAGCUGCAGCAGCAGCAGCAAACGGGGCAGCAGCAGCAAGUGUGGCAGCAGCAACAGCAGCAGCAAGUGUGGUAGCAGCAGCAGCAAAUGUGGUAGCAGCAGCAGCAGCAAAUGUGGUAGCAGCAGCAGCAGCAACGGCAAAAGGACGGCGAAUUCGGCAGCGGGAGAAGCACCAAAAGAGGCAGCAGCAGCAGCAGAAGUGCGAGCAGCAAACUCGGCAGCAGGAGCAGCAAAAGGGCCAGCAGCAGCAGCAGCAGCAGCAGAAGCAGCAGGAUGGUCAACAGCAGCAGCAGCAAGGAUACGAGAGUAG